AUGAAAAAUAGACGUGCUCCUUUACGGGAACUAACAGCCAAUGUUGGUUUGAAUGUUUCAACAACAACAGCUAGCAAUUAUCUUCAUGAAGCUGUAAAAAAACUCGUGAAUGGAAAGAAAAGAAUAGGAUUAUUUCGAUGCCUUGGUCAGCCAAUCACCAGAUCUAAAUCCAAUAGAAAUCUUUGGAAAAUUCUAAAAGAUAGAAUUCAACAACGUAAACCAUUUCCAAAAACAGUACAACAGUUAAAAAUAGCCUUAAAAGAAGAUUGGAGUAAAUUGGAAUCUAAUUCUUUAUCUAAUUUGAUUAAUAGUAUACCCAAGCGGUAA